CAAUCCUAAAAUAUUUCGCGAAAAUUUCAAGUUUCUUAAAAAGCCGUGCUUGUGCAAACAGUUACUAAUAAAACAAAGUACCUAACAAUUAUUUAUCACAAUGAAGACAGAUUUACCUUACGGUAUAAUUGCAAGCUCUAAGACCCGGGUACGUUGCCUAGUAUGUGGCGUACAUAUUCCUAAAGCGAAUAAAUGUAUCGAGCAGCACACAAACGGAGCAAAACAUAAGGAAAACAUUGAGUUAAUGAAUGAAAAUGCGAUAAGUUUUAGUAACGGAAAAAUAAACUGCAAUCUAUGUAAGCGAAUCUUACCUGAAGAAGAAUCGGUCACGCAUCACAUCGAAAGCGACGAUCAUGCAAACUUUAUGGCAGCGCUGGAAGAUCUCGUCGAUGGUGAGUUUAUCAGUUUGGACCCCUACCUGGCUUGCGAGAAGGACGAAGUACACUGCGAGGUGUGCAACAAAAAUAUUUACUGUUCCCUUAAAACAAUUCAAGAACAUGUCAAUGACUUAUACCACCGCUUCCAAAUCACUGAACGUCUGAAACCUCUAAAUGGCUUAUUCCCAGCAGCAAACAAUACUGAAGUCUGGUGCAAAGUCUGCAAGAUAUACAUACAGGAUAAUGUUUUAAGUGUCCUGGAUCAUAUUGAUGAAGAUGAAGAGCAUAUAGAAUGGUUUUCUGAAAUCGAAGAUCUGAUUGACAACCAGGAUGUUUCCAUUGAGCAUUACUUGACCAAUGAGCAUGAGGAAUGUGCAUUCUGCAAUAGGUGCCAGAUGGAUAUAGUGUGCAAUGCGCAGAGCAUCCAGAGCCACGUCCACAGUGAAGCACAUCUCAAUCAGUUUGGCUUAUAGGAUUACGCCUCCCGUUCUUACCGUAGUGGCUAGUUGGGU